UUUUUUCAAAUUCUAACAUUUAUUUCCUGCCAUAUGAUUAACAGUAUGAAAUUUAUAUUCUGAUAUAUUGUUUUGAAAUAUCUUUAUAUUUUAGAUCCUGUUUUAAUGAGGUCCAAAAAGAUUACACCAUCCUGUGGAUCAUACUGGACUACACUUCAGAUGUUAUCUACUACAUUGACACUUUUAUAAGAUCCAGAACAGGUGAAUUACAUAUAUAAUAGAAUAUAUGUGCAUUUAAUUCAUGAAUGUACUCUUAUAUAGAAAUAUAAACUGUUGCAUACAUUAUUUGUUAAUGAAUAUUGAUGGUAUAUGUUUUGCCAGGUUUUCUGGAACAAGGCUUGCUGGUAAACAAUAUAAAGAAGCUGUGGGACCAUUACAAAAAAACACCCCAAUUCAAAUAUGACCUAAUAAGCAUGCUACCAACAGAUUUAUUGAUGUUGCAUUUUGGAAUUAAUAGUCCAGCACUGAGGUUCAAUCGGCUUUUUAAAAUGCCUCGUCUUUUUGAGUUUUUUUACCGAACUGAGACAAGGACCAACCUUCCUAAUAUAUUUAGAAUCAGCAACAUUGUACUCUAUAUUUUAAUAAUCAUUCAUUGGAAUGCCUGCAUUUUUUAUGCUAUCUCCAAAACACUUGGCUUUGGGUCUGAUGAAUGGGUCUACCCUAACAUUAGUGAUCCUAAGUAUGGCCGCCUGUCAAUGAAAUAUACUUAUUGCCUCUACUGGUCCACAGUCAUCCUAACCACUAUUGGGGAAACUCCGCCACCUGUUAGGGAUGUCGAGUAUUUGUUUGUUGUUGUUGAUUUCCUCAUAGGUGUGCUCAUUUUUGCCACAAUUGUUAGUAAUGUUGGUGCUAUGAUCGCCAACAUGAAUGCUUCACGUGCUUUAUUUCAAUCCAAAAUUGACUCCAUUAAACAAUACAUGCAGUUCCGUAAGGUCAGCAAGGAUCUAGAGACUCGUGUCGUCAAGUGGUUUGACUACCUCUGGACAGAAGACAAGACCUCGGAUGACAAGGGUGUUCUUAAAUACCUUCCAGAUAAAUUAAGGGCAGAGAUUGCCAUCAGUGUGCAUUUGGAAACACUGAGGAAGGUGCGAAUAUUUCAGGAUUGUGAGGCAGGACUGCUUGUCGAGCUAGUGCUCAAGCUUCAGCCACAGAUCUUUAGUCCUGGAGACUAUAUCUGCAAGAAGGGUGACAUUGGUCGUGAAAUGUAUAUUAUCAAAAAAGGUAACCUUGCUGUGGUAGCAGACGAUGGAAUAACACAGUUUGUAGUACUGAGUGAGGGUGCCUAUUUUGGUGAGAUCAGUAUCUUGGGCAUCAAGGGCAGUAAAGCUGGGAAUCGUCGGACUGCAAACAUUCGUAGUGUUGGUUACUCAGACCUCUUCGCCCUCUCAAAAGACGAUCUCAUGGAGGCUCUGAUUGAAUACCCUGAAGCCAAGACUGUUCUGGAAGAAAAAGGUCGGGCCAUAUUGCUGAAGGAUGGCUUGAUUGAUGAGACAGCGGCCAACCAGGUAGAUGAAAAAGACCUGGAAGGCAAGGUGACCACAAUGGAAACUAAGAUAGAGAUGAUGCAAGCCAAAUUAACACACAUUUCAGCAGAGUGUGCAAACAGCCAGGGUAGAAUCAAGCAAAAGAUCAUCAAUAUAGAGGCCAGAGUGAAAGUAAUAUGAUUGGAUCUUGAAGUGCAAAAGAAUAGGAAAGAGCAAUAAUCCAAUAAAGCAUAAAUAUUGUAAUAUUAUACUUAUAAUAAUAUAAGUUGGUGUCUAAUACAAUUUUAUGCCUUCUGAUUAACAGAUUUGGAUUCUCAUGCUAAACAUGGCCAAAGUUUCCAAAAAUGUUUUGAAUGUAUUUAGAGUAUUUCUGGGCUAAAUACACUUCUUCUGAAUUUGUAAAACCAGACGUUUUUUUCUUUAGUAUGACUCUUCAUACUUUGAAUUCCUUGUAUGGACACUUCUUCCAGAAGGGCAUACACACACACACACACACAGCAACCAGAACAAGAGCAAGAACACACCCAUCACAGUGCUUCAUUCUGUUGUGUACCUGCUGGAUAAAAAUGUCUUCAAAGAAGUGUGUUUGGAUGUGAGGGAAAGAGAACCUUGUUUAGUUACCCAGAGAACCCAGGUUUAUGUGAACCUUGGACGCAGUUGACACAAGGGUGUUUGUUUGUUCCAAUAAUUUCGGUGGCGAAUGUUUUAUAAACAAGGUCCAGUUCAA